UAUCACCUGAGCGUGUCACCUGAAGGUGAGAUGUUUCUUUCCUUUCUCCAUUGUGGAGACGUCUGCAGCUACAUGUCUGCUCCUGUGGCUCUGUGAGGGGAAAUGAGGGUGGACAGAAUAACAUGAACAGGAACGCUCUCUCAGAGUGUGUGUGAAGCUGAUGCUGGAGGUCAGUGUGUGUCUGCACCUCCAAACCUGCCGCACAUCCUUCAUCAUCGUCAGCCUGAGCUCACACGAGUGGACCAUCACAGCUUCAAUGACACAGAAUUCCUUUGUGUUAUUGAAGCUAUGAUGCAGCCCAUAAUAUUCGUGCUCUCCUUGUUUUUGUAGCUCUGUAAAAAAAGCAUCAGAGCACGCCUGGUGCACCUGAGGGUGAAAUGUGAGCGCGAGGACGCCGUCAGACUGAAACUAAACAGGAGACAGAACGUGACAGCGCACCUGUGAGGAUAGAAAACCAACGUGUGUGUGUGUGUGUGUGUGAGAGACCAGAGUCGACCCCCCCACACACACACACAGCUGGAGGAGGAUGGUGGGGGGACAGACCCACAGGAUUGGCUGUAAUCAGGUCUGAUGCAGGAGCUGUUUUACCCCGGCGGGUGGAGGCAGAGGUGGUGUUUUUGGGUGGAUGUCUUCUGCACUGCAGCUCUGAUGGAGGCUUCAGAUGAGUCAUGCUGCUGCUGCAUCACCAUGGCAACAGAGAGGAGGGAGGGAAGGAGGGGGGUCUCUGAGUGACGCUGCACCGGAGGAAUUUUCCAGAUCAGACCGUCACCGCACGCGCUCAGAGCAGCAGCAGAGCCAGCGCCUCCUGCAGGCUGCAGAUGUCACUGCAGGUUCUGGAUCUGAUCCAAGCCGGAGCGGAGGGUCUCAGGGAAAACUCGGAAACUCGUCCUGGAAGCAGAGUGUGCACUAAAAACACAUUCACAGCCAAUCACAGCUGAUCACGCUGCAGACACAUCCGUGCGUGCUCAGCUCUUCAGACUGAAGCGGCGUGCGUUACUCAGGCUGGGAGCGCAGCAGUGUGGAGCGUUUUACUGCCUUUAACGUGUUGUUGUUCUACGCCCGUCUUUGGGGUUGUAAACGUCAGGCGCGGUGGACAGGAAGUUGGAAAGCUCUGGAAAAGAUGCCGUGUGAUUGGUUCAGUUUAUUUCAGAACCUUCUGGAUGAAUUGUCAUGAAAAUGUUCUCAGAGGUGCACUUUUAGGGCGGGGACUCGAUUUUAAGUCUUUCUCCUGGAAAGUCGACUCAGAGUUCCUCCUGUUUGUCUUUUCUGAGGACUUCCUGUUACAUCCUGUUCGGGAGCAUCAGGAGCCGCUGAGGGGGAAAGCUGCUCUGACUCAUCAGGUGCUCUCAUGUGUGCGUGAAGCACGUUCAGAUUCCCGGUUCAGUGGCACUAACUCGUCUGCUUUUACUUCACUUUGACCUGAGGUCGCCCGGUCAGACCCGGCUUCCUCUGACCCAGGUCACCUGACAGGAAGAGCUUUUAUUGUCGACACCCCGCCCCUGGGUCAGCCCUGGCCUGGGUCUGAGUGAGGGGUACCGGAUGAAACGAGUUUCAGUCCUGUCCGAGGACCUCGACGCGUCUCUGCUGGAGCUCGCUGUUUGUAAUGGGGCCUCUGAUUGGAUGUGACUCGUCCCGCCCCUCACAGCAGACCGUUUCCAGGUCAGCAGUGAAAUCACGCUGGCCCGCCUUUGUUUCCCAGCUCUGUGAUGUAACUGUGACAUCAUCAGCGACAGCGCCCUCAUUGAGCCGUAAAAUCUAGGCCAGGACUGCAGUCAAGGUAACCAUAGCAACGGGAUCAGUAGGCUAAGCUGUGACGCUGCUGGGGCAUGCUGGGAAAUGUAGUGAGCUCUGCCAGCUUCUCUCGUCAGUGUGCUGAAGGUAAUGAUGAGUAAAUACGAGUGGGUGUGUGUGAGCGACACACACCUGCGGUCACCUGCAGCAUCACUUCUUGAUUUUUCUGGCUGAAAUGUUUUUUGCUCCCAGUGUCUGACUCUGCUCCAACAGCUGUAAUGUGUGAAGGAGGACACCGAGCCGUGUCACUUCCUCCGUUUGAAGCUUUAAUGAGUUUAAACGUGUGUGUGUGUGUGUGUGUGUGUAUGUAUUCAGCCCGUUGAACCACUGCUGCUGAUCUCAUCGGGACACGGUAACAGAGCAGAUUUCCGAUCUCGGGCCGUCGCUGGCUCAGUGACAUAACUGUGAUCAGCAGAGACUCGUGUGAACCUUUCACAGAAACGUUUGUGCACGUGUGGAAGCGAGGCCCGACGGAUAAAAGCUUAAAAUCCCAUUAGCUGGUCCAGGAUCAGUGCAGGUGAAGUGACGGAGGAGGACUCCAUCAUGAGGUCGGCCUGCAGAGAGCUCCUGAUACUUUAACCUUCUGUGGUCACGGUAACAACCAAACUACUGUAAAUAAUACAAAUUAUAACAGACAGCUCGUUAUAAAAGUCCGAGUACAUCACACACACGAAAUAUCAAACAGGCUGUAACCGCUGCACCGUGUGCUGUGCAUCGAGUGGAGGCGUACAGGCAGGAAGGGCUUCCUGUGUCGUUCAGAGGUGCAUUAUGGGUAAUGUCUGUGACUGGCCAGCACCUCACGGAGUGGGGGUGAGGUGUUGUCCACCAUUGUACUUAUCUUGGACAACAUCCGCCUCUCUGACACCACCCUAAGGGUUUCCAGCUCCACCCCCACAACAUUACUGAGCUUGUGAUCAGUCUGAGUCGUUGCAUCACGUGACAUCACGGGUACUCUGACUCAUCCAACCACCACAGAGUGACCCGAAAACCUCUGAAGAUGGAGGUCUGUGUGCAGAGGGUGCCGAGGAAGGGGAGAGGGCGGUCCUCUGGUGGUGGCGUGAGGCGGUCCUCUGAAAGCUGAAUGAAUAAAAUCCCACCGAGUUUACCAGAGGUUCUCUGCGAGGAUGUGGCAGUGAGCAUGCUCAGAGCCCUGAUCGUUACCAUGGCGAUUACCAGCAGCCACGCGUGCAGCGGUCAGGAGAACUGCUCGGCCGAUGGCGACGGCGAGUACAAAGACUACUGUUACUCGGCCCGCAUCCGCAGCACCGUGCUGCAGGGGCUGCCCUUCGGCGGCGUGCCCACCGUGCUCGCCCUCGACUUCAUGUGCUUCCUGGUGCUCCUCUUCGUCUUUUCCAUUUUACGGAAGGUUGCGUGGGAUUAUGGCCGCCUGGCGCUGGUCACCGACGCUGACAGUGUUGCCUCGGCGAUGCACUCGGAGACGCCCGACCGCUAUGAACGCCUCACCUCGGUUUCCAGCUCUGUUGACUUCGACCAGAGAGACAACGGUUUCUGCUCGUGGCUGACGGCCAUCUUCAGAAUAAAAGACGAGGAGAUUCGUGAGAAGUGUGGCGAAGACGCCGUUUACUACUUGUCCUUCCAGCGUCACAUCAUCGGCCUUCUGGUCGUGGUCGGCGUCCUCUCGGUCGGCAUCGUCCUGCCCGUGAACUUCUCUGGAGACCUUCUGGAAAACAACGCCUACAGCUUCGGACGCACGACGAUAGCCAACCUGAAGUCUGGGACGAACCUGCUCUGGCUGCACACCACGUUUGCCUUCAUGUAUCUGCUGCUGACCGUCUACAGCAUGAGGAGGCACACGUCUAAGAUGCACUACAAGGAGGACGACCUGGUGAAACGCACUCUGUUCAUCAACGGCAUCUCCAAGUAUGCCGAGGAGAGUCAGAUCAAACAGCACUUUGAGCAGGCGUACGAGAACUGCACGGUGCUCGAGGCUCGGAUCUGCUAUAACGUGGCCAAACUGAUGGCUCUGAACGCUGAAAGGAAGAAGACGGAGCGCAGCAAGAAGUUUUUUACCGACCUGAUGGCUAAAGAACACGUUCCCACCAUGAUCAACCCCAAGCCCUGUGGACACCUCUGCUGUUGCGCCAUCGCUGGCUGUGAGGAGGAGGAGGCGGUCAGCUACUACACCAAGAGGGAGGCCAAACUCAAGGAGGAGUACAGGAAGGAGAAGGAAAAGGUCCACACCAAGCCUCUGGGCAUGGCCUUUGUCACCUUCCAGAAUGAGGCCAUGACUGCCAUCAUUUUGAAGGACUUUAACGCCUGUCAGGUUCAGGGGUGUCGAUGUCGUCAGGAGCCACGUUCCUCUCAGUUCAGCGAGGUUCUUCACGUUCAUAACUGGAGUGUUUCGUACGCACCCGACCCACAGAAUGUCCGCUGGGAACACCUUUCACUGGGCGGGAUCUCCUGGUGGAUCCGUUGUUUUGUCAUCAACUGCAUCCUCUUCAUUCUGCUCUUCUUCCUCACCACGCCCGCAAUCAUCAUUUCCACCAUGGACAAGUUCAACGUCACCAAGCCCGUCGAGUAUCUGAAUAACCCCAUCGUCACUCAGUUCUUCCCCACCCUGCUGCUCUGGGCUUUCUCUGCUCUGCUGCCAACCAUCGUCUACUACUCUGCUUUCUUCGAGGCUCACUGGACCAGGUCUGGAGAAAACAGGACAACCAUGCAUAAGUGUUACACCUUCCUGAUCUUCAUGGUUCUGUUGUUGCCAUCUCUCGGCCUCAGCAGUCUGGACGUUUUCUUCCGCUGGCUCUUUGACAGGAAGUUCCUGGCUGAUGCUAAAGUCCGAUUUGAGUGCGUCUUUCUGCCAGAUAACGGCGCCUUCUUCGUCAACUACGUUAUCGCCUCCGCAUUCAUCGGAAAUGCCAUGGACCUGCUGAGGAUCCCCGGCCUGCUCAUGUACAUGAUCCGGCUGUGCCUGGCUCGCUCUGCUGCCGACCGCCGCAACGUCAAGAGGCAUCAGGCCUACGAGUUUCAGUUCGGAGCAGCGUAUGCCUGGAUGAUGAACGUCUUCACAGUGGUGAUGGCCUACAGCAUCACCUGCCCCAUCAUCGUGCCCUUCGGUCUGAUGUACAUGCUGCUGAAACACUUGGUGGACCGAUACAACAUGUACUACGCUUACCUGCCCUCCAAACUGGACAAGAAGAUCCACUCUGGAGCCGUCACCCAAGUGGUGGCAGCACCCAUCCUCUGCCUUUUCUGGCUGCUGUUCUUCUCCACUGUACGCACAGGCUUCGACACGCCGACCUCCAUGUUCACGCUCGUGGUGCUGAUCGUCACCAUUGUGGUCUGUCUGUCUCACGUCUGCUUCGGACACUUCAAGUACCUCAGCGCUCACAACUACAAGAUUGACACAAAGGAGAACGACGUGGACGCUGUCGAGAACGGACGUCCAGCUCGUCCCUCGUCCUCACCCACCACCAAAUCUCAGCAACAGCAGCAGAUGUACAUCGCCCAGGUCCUCCAGGACCCCAACUCGGACGAGCCUGGCGGAGGGAGCAGCGAGGAGGACCGAGGGUCAUCGCAGGAUGAGGAGAUGCUGAAUGGAGGGAACAGCAUCAAUGAGGCGGAUUUCCAGUCGGGGGAGGACAGUCUGAUCGCCAACGAAGUGCACCAGUAGCUGGGGGUGGUGCUAGAGGAAGGGGGCGGAGCUAGUAGAGGGUCAUACCCACACAACAGUUACAGAUAAAGCUGACUGGAAAAUCACUACACCCAUAAACACUUGUACAGUAGAUUCACGGUUAGCUCCACCCCCUCUUGGCCUGAAGACUUGACCCUGACCUUUGAUGCCGGCGCCGGGUCGCCAACAUCCAGUCCUGCACGCCUGUGGAUCCUUAAUGGACAUCAGACUGUGUCCACAGGAAAUCACUGUAUAUAACCACAAAGCCAAAAGUUCUUUUUCUUGGGUUGGGUGGGUGGGUUUUAAAAACUUGUGCCUGGGCUGGAUUCUUUGUUCGCACUCGUGUCUUGAUUUCUGAUCCCACUACGGGUCACCUGAACCCGACCCCUCCAGGGGUCCAAGCUGAUGCUGACGCUGUCUUUUUUUCUCCGCAUAGUGAGCGCCUGUUGCGUCAUCACCGUACUCCAGAAUCAGAGCGUUAAACAACUCGCCAACCGCCAGUUCUCAUAGUGUUAGAAACCUCGCUUACGCAGACGCAUUGUCAUCCCUCUUCUCUGCUGGCCCGUCCUCGCCUCCGUUCUGUGGCUCUGAAUGCCAGUACAUUCAGCGAAUCACCUUGGAGUGUGGGGCUUUUGUUUUUUUAGUUUUUGUACCUGCAUGCUGUUAGGAGUGCAGGAUUAGGAUUAAACUGUCGCACCUUUGGACGAUGUCAUUCAUUGCCGGAUUGUACUGGCGAGCGAACACAUUAAGCUUCCUCUCGCCUGCUGGCUUCAGUUGGACCACUCCUCGCCGUCGGACUACAACUCUCCAUGCAACAACGCUUUCUUUUCUGGUUUGAGUUCACCUGAACUACCUUAAAUCAUGAACACCUGACAAAGGGAACAGGGAUGUUUGUGUCUGUGUAGGUUUAGCAAUCUGAACUCUUUUCAGAGGUGGGAUGAACUUUGUGAUGACUUUCAGCAGCAGGUAGUUCGACUUCGGGUAGAUGAAGAAGAAGAGCAGCGCUUUUCGUCGGGAUGUUUUUACCUGAACACCUGAAGUUGGAGGUACUGAAGGUGUGUGCUGUCCGUCUGUCUGUGUUAGCUCCUUAUAAACAGACUACAUCACAAAGGGUUCACCAGGCGUUGAUGAAAAUGCCAUCCAUCUACUGUAGAAUCAGUUCAGCAUUUUUUUUCUUUCACUUUCGUACAAAAGUUUAGAAAUAUAUAAUCAUGCCGUUUCGGUCUCUACGCGCAUCAAUAAAGUUUUAGAUAGAGUCCGACUGGUGCGAAUCGAUGGUUUCAUCUCUGCCGCGGUACGACGAGCUCCUUCCAUCCAAUAAUGAGCCACAGCUUCCUAGAUGUGCCGCUGGUCCCUCAAACAAAUAAUCACUGUUUAUUUCAUGCUAAUGAUCAUAUUAUGACUGUUUUUAGCUAAUUAGCUGGGUUUAUCUGACUGAAGCUAACCCUCGGCUAGCUAGAGCAAGCGACUAAUAAUCAGGAUGUUUCAGUCCAUGAAAAAAGAUACUGACCCUUUGUCCUGUUAGCUCUUGUCUUUAAAGCUAAUAACUUAGUUUGUCGUCCCGAUAGUGCAGUGUUAGCCUAGCUCUGGCUCCAGUUAAUAAAACUCACCUGAUUAGCUCGUUAGUAGGGAUGAAGCUGUGUAAAGUUGAACUUACUCCUAGCUUCUCGUUCACACCGACGGCUGGUUUAGAACCAGGACAGAACUGCUGAGUCAUUGUUAGCUUCAAGCACACAACUCAGACACAUAGGAAUGAUGCACUGUUAAUUGUUAGCAUGCAGGCUAACACAGCGCUAGCCUGCUAGCCCGGGGUUCGCAUUCUGUUAAAUGAAGACUAAAUGGUCUGAAACCGCACAACAAUGAAGAGGUGAUGGUUUAGUUAAGCUAGCACUUUCCCCUGUUUUGCAUGUGAUGCUAGCAGGGCCACGCCACAGGGACGCAGCGGUGAAACCAGUGGUCUGGUUAACCAGUCGUCUGGUUAACCAGUUGAUUUACACCUGAUUGUGUCUUCGGCUGUCAGAGGUGAGCAGGCUCGUAGCUCACGCUCCAUGUGGUCGUGGUGCCGAUCUGCCUCCCGUUGGAGGGAUGUAGAAAACAUCAAGUUGCAACUGACUUGGCUGGUGGUGACAUCAUCACAAAGACAGGUCAAGGGGUGUGGCUUCUGCAGAGUAACAUAAGUGCUUAGCGACAGAAUGGGGAGGAGCUAGUCUCAGGUGUGUUUUGUUUUGUUCCUUUUUUCUCUAAAACAAUGUUUACAUCAGAUUUUGUUUGCUGUGUGUGUGUGUGUGUGUGUGUGUGUGUGUGUGUGUGUGUGUGUGUGUGUGUGUGUGUGUGGGGAGACACGGAGCUGGACUAUGAAAGCUGCAGCCGCUGGCUCGCUGGCAUUGGCGGGCGGCUGCAUGCUGGAGCUCUGCAGCGUUCGUGUCCGGGUGUCGUGUUCUGUUUGAUGUUCCCCGCCGCUCCGCCCAUGAUUGUACGCAGAUGAACCUGAAGGUGGAGUCGAGCCUGAUCCUCAAGGUUCAGCUCGGCAGCUCGCAGGUGAUGACCUGCUUCCUGUUCCUGUCUGUGUAAGGGCACCGGCAUAGAAUCAUUUUCAGAAAGAGAGGCUGAAGUUCGACCGGAGCCGCACAGACCCGGCAGAACCAAAUGCGAGCUCGGGGGCUUCAGCGGUCACGGCCUGCGGGAGCCCUGGGACUGUUUGUGUGGAAAAAUGGGACUCGAAGGUUUCUGGAAGCGAGCCGCUGCUUCGUGCUGUUUGGUUUGUUUGUUUUUUCUUUUUUUAAAAAUAAAAUUCCUGAAAUGUGAAGAAGAAAAAUGUGAAGCGAGGCGUGAAGCAAGCGACAAACUGUGUAAAAACGUGUGUAAAUAGCCAUCGAACUGCAGUCUGUCGUCCACGUCCUGCUUUAAUUUAUUGCUGUGACUCUUAUUUAUUUGGACUUUGGUUUGUGUACAGUGACACCUUCGUCUUAUUUAUGUUCCUGAUCAAUAAAACUGAUUUCAUCCGUG